AUGGUUUGUCUGAUUCUUUUCAAUAUUAACUCAGAGAUUACGUGCACCGUACCUGCAUUUGACGACAACGUAAAUUCUUCGUGUUCACCCAAUACAUCAGUAAGCUACAAUGAACGAUGCAACUUCUCUUGUCCGACUGGUUAUAACCUAAUUGGUCCAUCGUCUGUUAACUGCACGGGCUCAGGAAAUUUCUCGGAACCGUUUCCUGAAUGUGUGGAGAUAACGUGCACCGUACCUGCAUUAGACGACAACGUAAAUUCUUCGUGUUCACCCGAUACAUCAGUAAGCUACAAUGAACGAUGCAACUUCUCUUGUCCGACUGGUUAUAACCUAAUUGGUCCAUCGUCUGUUAACUGCACGGGCUCAGGAAAUUUCUCGGAACCGUUUCCUGAGUGUGUGGAGAUAACGUGCACCGUACCUGCAUUAGACGACAACGUAAAUUCUUCGUGUUCACCCGAUACAUCAGUAAGCUACAAUGAACGAUGCAACUUCUCUUGUCCGACUGGUUAUAACCUAAUUGGUCCAUCGUCUGUUAAAUGCACGGGCUCAGGAAAUUUCUCGGAACCGUUUCCUGAGUGUGUGGAGAUAACGUGCACCGUACCUGCAUUAGACGACAACGUAAAUUCUUCGUGUUCACCCGAUACAUCAGUAAGCUACAAUGAACGAUGCAACUUCUCUUGUCCGACUGGUUAUAACCUAAUUGGUCCAUCGUCUGUUAACUGCACGGGCUCAGGAAAUUUCUCGGAACCGUUUCCUGAGUGUGUGGAGAUAACGUGCACCGUACCUGCAUUAGACGACAACGUAAAUUCUUCGUGUUCACCCGAUACAUCAGUAAGCUACAAUGAACGAUGCAACUUCUCUUGUCCGACUGGUUAUAACCUAAUUGGUCCAUCGUCUGUUAACUGCACGGGCUCAGGAAAUUUCUCGGAACCGUUUCCUGAGUGUGUGGAGAUAACGUGCACCGUACCUGCAUUAGACGACAACGUAAAUUCUUCGUGUUCACCCGAUACAUCAGUAAGCUACAAUGAACGAUGCAACUUCUCUUGUCCGACUGGUUAUAACCUAAUUGGUCCAUCGUCUGUUAACUGCACGGGCUCAGGAAAUUUCUCGGAACCGUUUCCUGAGUGUGUGGAGAUAACGUGCACCGUACCUGCAUUAGACGACAACGUAAAUUCUUCGUGUUCACCCGAUACAUCAGUAAGCUACAAUGAACGAUGCAACUUCUCUUGUCCGACUGGUUAUAACCUAAUUGGUCCAUCGUCUGUUAACUGCACGGGCUCAGGAAAUUUCUCGGAACCGUUUCCUGAGUGUGUGGAGAUAACGUGCACCGUACCUGCAUUAGACGACAACGUAAAUUCUUCGUGUUCACCCGAUACAUCAGUAAGCUACAAUGAACGAUGCAACUUCUCUUGUCCGACUGGUUAUAACCUAAUUGGUCCAUCGUCUGUUAACUGCACGGGCUCAGGAAAUUUCUCGGAACCGUUUCCUGAGUGUGUGGAGAUAACGUGCACCGUACCUGCAUUAGACGACAACGUAAAUUCUUCGUGUUCACCCGAUACAUCAGUAAGCUACAAUGAACGAUGCAACUUCUCUUGUCCGACUGGUUAUAACCUAAUUGGUCCAUCGUCUGUUAACUGCACGGGCUCAGGAAAUUUCUCGGAACCGUUUCCUGAGUGUGUGGAGAUAACGUGCACCGUACCUGCAUUAGACGACAACGUAAAUUCUUCGUGUUCACCCGAUACAUCAGUAAGCUACAAUGAACGAUGCAACUUCUCUUGUCCGACUGGUUAUAACCUUAUUGGUCCAUCGUCUGUUAACUGCACGGGCUCAGGAAAUUUCUCGGAACCGUUUCCUGAGUGUGUGGAGAUAACGUGCACCGUACCUGCAUUAGACGACAACGUAAAUUCUUCGUGUUCACCCGAUACAUCAGUAAGCUACAAUGAACGAUGCAACUUCUCUUGUCCGACUGGUUAUAACCUAAUUGGUCCAUCGUCUGUUAACUGCACGGGCUCAGGAAAUUUCUCGGAACCGUUUCCUGAGUGUGUGGAGAUAACGUGCACCGUACCUGCAUUAGACGACAACGUAAAUUCUUCGUGUUCACCCGAUACAUCAGUAAGCUACAAUGAACGAUGCAACUUCUCUUGUCCGACUGGUUAUAACCUUAUUGGUCCAUCGUCUGUUAACUGCACGGGCUCAGGAAAUUUCUCGGAACCGUUUCCUGAGUGUGUGGAGAUAACGUGCACCGUACCUGCAUUAGACGACAACGUAAAUUCUUCGUGUUCACCCGAUACAUCAGUAAGCUACAAUGAACGAUGCAACUUCUCUUGUCCGACUGGUUAUAACCUUAUUGGUCCAUCGUCUGUUAACUGCACGGGCUCAGGAAAUUUCUCGGAACCGUUUCCUGAGUGUGUGGAGAUAACGUGCACCGUACCUGCAUUAGACGACAACGUAAAUUCUUCGUGUUCACCCGAUACAUCAGUAAGCUACAAUGAACGAUGCAACUUCUCUUGUCCGACUGGUUAUAACCUUAUUGGUCCAUCGUCUGUUAACUGCACGGGCUCAGGAAAUUUCUCGGAACCGUUUCCUGAGUGUGUGGAGAUAACGUGCACCGUACCUGCAUUAGACGACAACGUAAAUUCUUCGUGUUCACCCGAUACAUCAGUAAGCUACAAUGAACGAUGCAACUUCUCUUGUCCGACUGGUUAUAACCUUAUUGGUCCAUCGUCUGUUAACUGCACGGGCUCAGGAAAUUUCUCGGAACCGUUUCCUGACUGA